GAGGUAAUGUGUGUGUGUGUGUGUGUGUGUGUGUGUGUGUGUGUGUGUGUGUGUGUGUGUGUGUGUGUGGAGGAAAGAGAGAGAGAGAGCGCGUGUGUGUGUGUGGGGACAGAGAGAGACCUCCUGAAUCACACUUUGACUCUUGUACAUGUUGAAAUGUGCUCUUAUAACGGAGAGAAAAAGAGGAAAUUAGCGUCUCUGUGGUCUCCUCUCCUGCUUCAUCGACUUUGUACCAUAGCACCACUGGAGGAGAACACAACAAGGUGAGAUGAGGGACCGGAUAUGUGAGCUGCAGACAGCCACCUCCAAGUCUGCAGAGGAGGAGCGGAGUGAUGAGGAGAACCACAGCCCUGAGGAUGAGGAGCACCUGGAGCAACAUGCCAUCGUGUUUGAGGCAGAGGACCUAAUGGCCGGCAUCUACAAGGAGGCCCAGGCCAUGAGGAAGGAGAUGUUGCUGUUCAAAAUGGACGUGAAGCGUCUCGGGAAGCAGAACACCAGGUUCCUCACAUCCGUCAGGAGGAUAAGCAGCAUCAAGCGGGACUCCAACGCUCUGGGCCGGGACAUCAAGGCCCGAGGGGAGGCCAUUUACGCUCGGCUGGAGAAGAUGGGGAAGCUCAGCAAGCAACUGGAGGAGGAAAACGGAUCUACCUCAGCUAUAGCUCGCAUGGUGCGUUCGCAGUACGUGUCUCUGACCAACGCCUUCCACGGCACCAUGUCCGAGUACAACGAGGCCGAGAUGGUGCAGAGGGAGAACUGCAAGACGCGCAUCCAGAGGCAGGCGGAGAUUAUGGGCAAGGAGGUGAGCAGGGAGCAGAUAGACGAGAUGAUCGAGACGGGCAAGUGGAACGUCUUCUCUGACAACCUCCUCCUGGAUGGAAAAUCCGCCAGGUCGGCGCUCAACGAGAUCGAGAACCGCCACAAGGAGCUCCUGGAGCUGGAGGGCCGCAUCAGGGACAUUCACGAGCUCUUCUUCCAGAUGGCCAUGCUGGUGGAGGAGCAGGGCUGCAUGAUGAACAACAUCGAGGCCAACGUUGGUGCAACUGAGGACUACGUCGUCAAGGCUUCGGCUCAGAUCAAGCAGGCCGUGAAAUACAAGAGAAACAAUCCGUGCAAGAAACUCUUCUGCUGUUGCUUCCCCUGCUGCAAAUGAGGCAACAGGUUUUCUUCAUCAAACUCUUGAGUCUAGAUUAAAAAUCCUAUAUAAUAUUUUGUUAUUUUACUCUGUGACUCCAUUUUCAAGCAGCAGCGAUGUUAAAAUUUCCCACCCGUCAAUUAUUUUUCUUUACUGGGCCGGUUUCAAACCACAAAUUCAUAUGCAAACAGUGUUUAGUGAGAUAUGGUUUUACAUUUCCUGAUUGUUACUGAGUACAGUUGCAUGAUCAGACAUCUAAGCUGUCAUUUUAAUGCACAACCCUCAGCCUUCUUUCCCUUUAGUCAGCUUUGUAAGUUGUGUUGCAAGAUAUUUAAGUGAUGAAAAAUAUUAUAUACUUAUUAAUAAAUGUCUCCUAUAGCAGCUUGUUUUAACAGCCUGAAUGUAAAUCUAUUGCUGGAAAGUGGAACUCAAUGUAAAGCAGUUUCUGUUUACAGCCAUUGCCUUGAUCUAAAACACACAGCUGCUGAUUGUGGUUAGCAGGCGAGGAAAGACAGAUCAGUGUGGAUUGUGUAAUAUGUGUGUAGUUAUCACCAGCUACAGGCCGAGAGCUUUGGGCUUCUCAAGACUCAGUGAUGAAACUGUCUGAGCUUCAACUCAAUCAUAUUCACUUCUGCCCCGGAGGUUUUAUGUUUUCAUCUGUUUGUCUGUUAGUUAGUAAGUUUUACACUUUAAUUUAAACUUUAAAUGAAUUGUGACAAACUGUGAACAGGAAACCUUCUAUCUCAUAUAUCUGUGGCUUCAGUUGUCUGCUUUUUUAAUUAAUUUUGUCCACAGAGAAGGUCUGCGUUUGUUUGUUAGCAGGAUUACGCACAAACUACUCAACCUAUUGCCAUUACAUUUUAUGGAGGGGUGAAGCAGGACCCAAGGAAGAACCAUUAAAAUGUUGGUGUGGAUUUGGA